UGCUUAGCAUAUAACGAGAGAGUUGAUUGACACAAACAGUGACUUAAAAAUAGGAACUCAGUCGAGUGAGGUAAAAGAAAAAGUCAUUGACGCAAACUAGUGAGAAGCCGGCGCCAAUUUCAAUCGAGAUAAGGUUUCACUUAACUUGUCCGUUGGUGCCUCUAAUCUCGUCUCCCAAUCUCGUGGCUCUUAACUCUUUUCCUUUCCCUUCCUUUUUCUUUCCCUGAAGAAGGCAAUCUUCUCCCGUUAGACCCUAAGCAAUGACCGUAUCACUCCAAGCUUCGCUUCUCUACAAUCCUUAUCCUUCUCUUCCUCUUCCUAAACUACCCUUUCACCGUUCUUCCAUCUCUUCCAGUCCUCCUUCUCUUACCAAACUUUUUCGCCCCUCCUCGACUUUCUUAUUUUCCCGAUUUUAUCCCCGUUAUUUUUCAAUCCCUUGCACAUUGCACCCUGACAACGUUAACUCCGACUCCAAAUUGGAUUCUCGUCUUGAUUAUUCCAAAGCUUCAGUUUCGGAUUUCGAAGGUCGGCCGGCCGUCGAUGGAUUUGAGAAUGAGAACGAGGGAAUUGAAGUGAAUAACAUCGACGGGGAAACUGAGAAUGUGGUGGAGAGCGAGGGGCAGAAUGAUAAAUUGGUGGGAAAUGAAGGGCCUAAAAGCAAAAUUCCUGCCAUGGUGUUUUUGAUGGGAGUUUGGGCCAUGAUAAAAAACGGAAUGGAGAAAUUGGUGGCUUUCGAUUGGUUCAGUUGGUGGCCGUUUUGGCGUCAGGAGAAACGGCUUGACCGCCUGAUUGCCGAAGCCGACGCCAAUCCCAAAGACUUCGCUAAACAAAGCGCUUUGCUGGCUGAGCUUAAUAAGCACAGUCCUGAGUCUGUAAUUAAGCGAUUUGAACAAAGGGAUCAUGCGGUUGACAGUAGAGGAGUUGCCGAAUAUCUUCGAGCUCUGGUAAUCACUAAUGCCAUUGCUGAAUAUCUUCCAGAUGAACAAGCUGGAAAGCCUUCUAGUCUUCCUACUCUGUUGGAAGAAUUGAAAAGGCGUUCAUCAGGGGACAUGGAUGAGCCCUUUUUAAGCCCUGGAAUUUCUGAGAAGCAACCGUUGCAUGUGGUGAUGGUUGAUCCUAAAGUUUCAAACAAAUCACGAUUUGCACAAGAGCUUGUUUCAACUAUCUUGUUCACUGUUGCUGUUGGAUUGGUUUGGUUAAUGGGUGCUGCUGCACUUCAGAAGUAUGUAGGAAGCUUGGGUGGAAUAGGAACUUCAGGUGUUGGAUCAAGUUCCUCUUAUGCCCCUAAAGAUUUGAACAAAGAAGUGACGCCAGAGAAGAAUGUUAAAACAUUUAAGGAUGUCAAAGGCUGUGAUGAUGCAAAACAAGAGCUUGAGGAAGUAGUGGAGUACCUCAAAAACCCAUCAAAGUUCACCCGCCUUGGGGGGAAAUUGCCAAAGGGAAUCCUUUUGACUGGAGCACCUGGAACUGGAAAAACUCUGCUGGCCAAGGCUAUUGCUGGGGAAGCUGGGGUACCUUUCUUCUAUAGAGCAGGAUCUGAAUUUGAGGAAAUGUUUGUUGGUGUUGGUGCUCGGCGUGUGAGAUCCCUUUUCCAAGCAGCUAAGAAAAAGGCCCCUUGCAUCAUUUUCAUUGAUGAAAUAGAUGCUGUUGGAUCCACACGAAAACAAUGGGAAGGCCAUACCAAAAAAACGCUACAUCAGCUGCUUGUUGAAAUGGAUGGUUUUGAACAGAAUGAGGGAAUAAUUCUGAUGGCUGCAACAAAUCUGCCUGACAUUCUUGAUCCAGCUUUGACAAGACCUGGUAGAUUUGACAGGCAUAUUGUUGUCCCUAAUCCAGAUGUAAGAGGUCGUCAAGAGAUUUUGGAGCUCUACCUACAGGAUAAACCUUUGUCUGAUGACGUAGAUGUUAAAGCAAUUGCCCGUGGUACUCCUGGCUUCAAUGGAGCAGAUCUAGCAAACUUGGUGAAUAUUGCUGCAAUUAAAGCUGCAGUUGAGGGUGCUGACAAAUUGACUGCAGCACAGUUGGAGCAUGCUAAAGACAGGAUACUCAUGGGUACUGAGCGUAAAACAAUGUUUUUAUCAGAAGAGUCAAAGAAGCUCACUGCUUAUCAUGAGAGUGGUCAUGCAAUUGUUGCUUUCAAUACUGAGGGUGCACAUCCAAUCCACAAGGCAACAAUCAUACCCCGUGGAUCUUCUCUGGGAAUGGUUACUCAACUGCCUUCAAGUGAUGAGACAUCAAUUAGUAAGAAGCAAUUAUUAGCUCGUCUUGAUGUUUGUAUGGGAGGAAGAGUUGCAGAAGAACUCAUCUUUGGUCAGGACCACAUCACAACUGGGGCAAGUAGUGAUCUGUACACAGCUACAGAGCUUGCUCAAUAUAUGGUAUCGAAUUGUGGGAUGAGUGAAGCAAUUGGACCAGUUCAUAUUAAAGAGCGAACAAGUUCAGAAAUGCAGUCUCGCAUUGAUGCUGAAGUGGUGAAACUUCUAAGAGAAGCAUACGAUCGUGUAAAAGCACUGUUAAAGAAGCAUGAGAAGGCAUUGCAUGCAUUAGCCAAUGCACUUUUGGAGUAUGAAACACUAAGUGCGGAAGAAAUAAAGCGCAUUCUUCUCCCACAUCGGGAAGGAGGGUUGCCUGAGCAACAAGAACGACAGGAAGAGGGGGAGCUAAUAUUGGCUUAAAGCUAUUACUCACAUCUGUUGCUUAAAUCUACUUGACUGUAGGGGAAGCUCUAUACAGUGUAUUUUAAGCACUACAGGUAAUUAUUUAUAUAAUUUCUUGCAAUUUUUUCCCCACCAUUGUGAUAAGACGUGUUAUUGGAACUUUGAUUAGACACGGAGGUACCAGGCAUCCUUCAGACUCAUCCCGGUUCCCUAUGCCGCCCUAAGUCCUGAAACAUCCGGGACCAGCACUCCAACAUAGAUCUUUGUACUAUUUGUGAAAUCAUGUAUUUUUUUAAACUUCACCCCAUUCUGGGCAAAAUUUUGUCUUUACAUAAAAAGUCCUUCCCAACUUCUGUGAAACUGCAUUUUUAGUACCAAAGUCUCUUUCUUCCCCGUCUGUGUUUGCACUUCUAACCCCUUGAUGGGGAAGCAUUUUUAAUCCCCUGGAAUGCACUUUUUUUAAGAGUUCAAAUCUUAUGGAUUUGAUUUUGUGAAAAUUAUUACGGAAUCUAAAUCUGAUUUAAUAACCAAAAAAUUCAAAUGAAAUUCAAAUUUAUUAAUAAAAAUUAGAUUUAUCUAAUUAAAAUAUUUAAAAUAAAAUAUGUAUUUAUAAUGUAUUAAGAUUUUAUGAUUGUUGUCAAAUUACAUCAAAGUUCCGGAAGACCUCCACAGUAAUCUAGUCGAGGUGUUCUUUGGCCGUUUGAAGCUUUUACAUGGAUUGAUUAUUAGUACAUUCUUAAUUGUCAAUAUUAAUAUUAAAAUAUUUUUAUAAUAAUAAAUUUUAUUUAAGCAGAUUUAAAUGAACGAGUUUAGCCAGCCCAAAAACACCUCUGUUGGUCAUCAAAAGCCCAAACUUCAAGGGGAUAAUAAUUUGUCCCCAAAAGACCAAGGCCCAGGUUUGGGGUACUUAAGCCUUAGGCCUAGCUCCGAUGAUAGCUUCGAAACGAGUGAGCACCACUUCAAUUCAUGGCUAAACCUUUCUAUGCUUUCAAGUUCCAACGUGAUGGUUAGCAAUAGUCGUUCGACUAUCACUAUAAAUAUGCAUUUUCCACCAAGACCCAACUUCCACCAAACCAGCAACUAGAAACUACCACUAUCACGAGACAACAACCAAGAAUCCAAAAACCAACUCUUUUGAGCUCCUUUAUGUAAAGACAACCAUUAAAUACCACAAUAACAAAACUCUGGAUCAGCUUAACAACAACUAAUCCCUUCUUUUUCCUUCCUUUUUCUUUUUUUUUUUUUCACUUUUUUUUCCAUCUUU